AUGAGCGAAAAAUUUUCGGCCCACUCUCGAGAGCCGGGGGAUCUUGGGUACAAUGGCUUUGUUGUAUCUCUCUUCUACCUUGCACCUGUCGAGGUGGAGCAGAUUAGAGAUCCUCAUGUGGUGAUUACUCUCAAGGGACUCACGAAGAAAAAUGCCGUUACUAAGGAAAAGAGGCUUGCCGAGUUCUUGCGAAUGCUUUCUGAGGGCCAAAUGGAUGUACAUGAUACUUUCAUUCUAAUGUGUUGGCUUCAAUUGUAUCCGCGUAUGGCGAUCGAUAGCUCUAAAGCUGUACGGCAAUUGGCACACCAAAUCCAGGCCACAUACAUGGACAGAAUAGGUGGCAAAGAAUUCAGCAAAUACUUGAAAAGCUCCAUUGCAAGUUGGCUUCAGUCUUUGUAUGACGAGAAAGCAGUUUCAGCUUCCUCAUAUAGGCUGUUAUUGGAAUCUUUUGGUAACGACAAGGAGAGAGUAAACACUAAGAUUUGGAUGGUUUUUCAUGAGCAGAUUAUCAACUACUGUCAUGCUGUUUUGGCGCAUGAGACUGCAAGUACUAUAACUGAUGAGAGAUAUGAGACUGCUGAUGACGUACUUCUCAAAUACUAUCGUGCUCAGAAUGGGGCAAUACAAAUGCUUUUGAAAAUUAUUUCUUUAGCAAAUGACAACAGCGACUUUGUUAUUUCAGAACUGGCUAUGACACAAGUAAAUGAAAUUCUUACUCAUGAGCCCUUCUGGGAUCAUUUAGGUCUCUGCUGUGCGGGCGAUUCUAUUAAUGUUAACGUUUUCAGGGGAUACUUGUCUCUCCUCAAGAUCUUGUUCGCAUCAGAUGACAAAGGCUUCCCUAUGCCAUUUACGUCUCGUAUGGACAACGUGAGAAGUGUUUACAGACUCAUAUCCAAAAAGUUCAUAAAGCAUGUGAAGUUACAAACAGGUAAUGCGUCUAAUGUCAUUUACUCCUCCGUCUUGAUUGAUUUCUGGAAUACUUUAACCACAUUGACUUCAGUGACUUCUUGGAAUGAUGACGUACGAAAAAAACAUAAACUCAAGAAAAAUUUCUGGGUUUUGGGAGGUUCAAAGAGUUACAGCCGCUUGAAGCUGUAUAUCAAAUUGGGACCUUGCCAAUCUGACCCGGUAUUUUAUGUGAUCUUGAAGAAUUUCUUUUGUGCUCUAGCCCAAGCAGGAAUUGAAAGUGAAGAAGAUUUCUUGUUUCUCAACUUCACGUCUUCUAAAGAUGCAAAAACCAUAAUUGAGUCCUCUUUAGGCGCCCAGUUCCAAGAAAUCGGAAGAAUUAACGGUUUUGCUUAUAAAGAUAGUUGUUCUCAAUGUCUUUAUCAAGUCCUUGAUCUUUUCCAAUUACCUGACAGCCAGAGCCGCACAUUUGCUGCAUACAUUUUCGAUCUUGUUUUAGAUGGGCUUUCGGUCCCAUCCAGAAGAGUAAACGAAAAGGAAAUAAAACAAAGAUCAGUUCAUAAUCUUGCCACAUAUGCAGACCACCAUGACAUUGAUUUGAUUUCUUUUAACUCGGCGCUUACCAAUCAUUUGGGAAGGAAAGAACCUUUCCGCACUGACGAAUAUCAGUUUACUCAAUCCUUUGAAUCUUUAUGCGAAACUUAUAUCUCCUUGCUACUAGAACUCUCUUCACAUGAUUCAUUUGUGGAUUUACAAACGAAACUAGUUGAAUCUCUCUCAGAGUUAUUUGAGGUCGAAGAAGUUUCCAUGGGAUUCAAGUUAUUGACUUGCUUUCUCCGCACAUCAUCGGAAAUAAAUGGCGCCGUUGAGGAAUGGGCAGCGACUUUGGCAAGCUAUGUUACGGACACCUUUGUCGAUCAACCUUUGAGCGUAUUGGAGUUACUUUUAAAGAAAAAAAUUCGGUUAAAUGAGAAAGAGGUUUUUGGUGAUUUUUUUUCGAAGAUAGCCGAAGUUUCACCAUCGGAUCUCGCUAAGCUAUUAGUCAUAGCCAAAAAAUUUGAUGUCAACGUCAAAGAAGUCCCUGAUCUUUGGAACUAUCUUGUGGAAUUGUCUAAAAAGACAAGUAGAAGUUCUCAAGAAAAUGAAGCUGUCUUUUCCUAUCUUGGUACUCCUGAGAUAUUCGGUAAUGUCAUUGGCUCAUCUAAUACUGAAUCUUUCAAGCUUGAUCUCAUCCAGAACAUUUCACAUCUUCGCCUUCCUGUUCUUGUACAUGAGGACUUGCAAUUGCCUAUAAAAGACUUGGUAUCAGUGGCUUUAGGACAUAUAUCGUCCGAUGCCUCAAGGGAAUUUUUGGCUUUGGUUGAAGACAAGGACUUAAUUAAGGAUUCUGUAUUUCAAAGAAUAACUAAGAAGAGUUAUGCUGAUGACUUCCGUGAUAUUGCAGACUAUGUUGCUCAAAAUCCUCAUAUUAUGCCUCUCGAUGCUUUUCAAAAAGAAAUCACUAUGGCCUUGAACGCUAUUGAUCUUUAUUCUAUUGCCAUUUCCAAUCCAUUAGGACAAACUGCUCACAUUGUUGAGACAUGCACUGAACAAAACACAUUUUUGAGUGAGCAUGUUCUUUCAAUCGGAAAAUUCCUUUUUGAUUACCUCUCCUUUGAAUCUCAAGAAGUUUCAGUCAACUUGGUUACCCUCAUUGGCCUUUGUGCUGAGUAUACUCAAGAUUAUAACUUUAUUGUGGAUGUGGACAGGUCAAGCAUAACGCUACUUGAUUUGAAAAAAGACUUGUUGACUUACUUCUUGGAGCAUUGUUCGGUUGAUAAUGUUGUUCUUGCUCAGUUUUUCAACGCUUCGGUUUCUGAUAGAAGCCUGUUGAUUUUCGAGAUGGAUUCAUCGGUAUCAGGAAAGGGACCAUUUAAUGCGCUUCAAUUUUAUCAUGCAAGAAUAGUUGCUGCCCUUUUCGAACCUAUCUUUGAGAACAUGCCAUCUUCCACAUUUGAGACCUUGGAUAUACAAUUCUCAAAGUUAACUGGGCAUCCUUUGAAGUUGGCGAUUUUGUUGUGUACUGCAAAAAAGUUUUUGGAUGAAACAAACAAACUUGACAGAGUUCAAGGUUAUGUAUUUGGAGAAAUUUUGGGCAUUCGGAACUCAACCCAAAUUUUGAAAGAGGGUCCAAAGUGGCUAUCCUUGGCUUCAGAGUUUUUAAAACUUGGCACAACAUCAAAACUGCUUAUAGAGGUCCUACCUAAACACAAGUUAGGAAUGCUUAUUUCCCUGCUUGCUGCAUGGCUAGAGUGUGAUAUAGCGUACGACGAUGAAUUCAUUGGAAUAAGAAGUCUUAUGGCAAAUUUCUUGACAUUGUUACUUCCGCUCACUGUUACCGAAUUGCCUGAAAAAGCGUGGGAAGUUGCAGUUAAUUUAUGUCUCAACAAUUUUGCAACUGUUCAAGUGCAGGCGAAAGAGUUAGAAUUGAAGUACUUUACCAUGAAGUUGCUCAACGUGUUAUCAAGCCUCCCUACACUUGACCACUAUCCUUCUUGGACGGAAAGCAGAAUAUCGGUUAUCGAAGAAUUGGUGGAGUUGAUGAUCAACGAAGAAGUUGAAGGCUAUUGCUCAAAAUGCCACAACCAACCAGUGGCCUUGUCUAAUGAAAUGGUGGAGAGGAUCUUGAAAAAGGAAAAUGUCCCCAAUAAGAUAAUCGGUGACAACCUUGAUCGCUUCUUUGACUUGGUCAUACAUUCUAGGUUCUUGACCAUGCAAAGAUUGGCAACUUUUCUUUUGGGGAAGUAUAUUCGGGAUUCGCAAGAAGUUUUUGUUGUGGAGCACGAACUCAAAAUUUCUAGCCUUCACGAUCAGGAUACUGACAACUUGAAAGCUACUCUACCUACAGUUUUGGUAGAUGCCAUUUCUGCGUCGCCGCAUUUUCUUGCGGAUGCACUUGAUGCUGGAGAGUUGCAUUCUGCAGCUAAAUUUUUGUGGAGCUGGUUAUUAAUCUUCACUUAUUUUAAGGAUACUACCUACUCGAUCAAAAAUGAUUACAUUAGUCAGUUGAAGGAAAAAGAUGUGAUUCGGACUUUGCUCGACUCUAUUUUUUCAGUGGUUGAUGUUUCUGAUGGCACAUUUACGAAGUCUCUUGUGAUGGGAGCUUUAGAUAAAAAUGAAAAAGUGGAUCCCGAAAAGUGCACAAUCCAAAGCUACGAUGUAUUGGAUGGCUGUAUUGGUGAACCGGUCUCUUAUGAAAUGCGCUUUUUGCUUGUCCAUUUGUAUUACUUAAGUUUCCAAUAUUUUGGCACUCAGGUUCUGCAAUGGUACAAUGAGAUCCGUGAUUUGCAGUUAAAGCAACAAGUGGAAAGAUUUUCAGUUCGCUUUGUUUCUCCGAUCCUCAUUGAUAAGAUGCUAGUAGAUAUUGACCAAGUGAAAGCAAAAUUGACCUCAAAGGAUGAAAACCUCUCGAUUAAAAUCAGCAAGGUUUCAAAUGAGAUUAAAUCAGUUUAUGUUAUUGACGAGCAGACAAUGGAGAUGGUUGUCAAGAUACCUGAUUCGUUUCCUCUUGCUAAUAUCACUGUGGAAGGGCCAAUGAGAUUGGGUGUGAAGGAGAAUCAGUGGAAAGCUUGGUUGCUUGCGUCCCAGAGGGUUGUUUCAUUGAUGAACGGCUCAAUUAUCGACUGCAUUGAGCUUUUCAACAAAAAUGUCAAUCUUCAUUUCUCUGGGUUUGAGGAGUGUGCGAUUUGCUACUCCAUUCUCCACCAAGAUCAUUCCUUGCCUUCUAAGGUCUGUCCAACGUGUCUGAACAAGUUCCACUCUGCCUGCCUCUAUAAAUGGUUCAAGAGUUCUGGUAGCAGUACUUGUCCAUUGUGCCGGUCAGCUUUCAACUUUAAAGCAUCUCGUUCUUAA